AAGAGCGUGUGCGUGCAUGCGCGGGCGGGCGGGCCAGGCCUGAUUGUCAGCGUGGCGGGUGCUGUAAUUCCUAUUUUGCCUGGAAAUCCCUUGCGCGAUUGCGCAUUGCGCACGCCCACCGCACAGCACAGCAGGCAGGCAAGGCACGCAAUGCACGCAAUGCACGCGCACGCAUGGGCAAUAACCAACGGGAACGGGGGCGGGACUCCUGCUGUGAUUUACAUGCCGUCCACGGGUUCGAAGUAUUCCCCGACGACAGGUCGCGUUGCAAUCAAUGUGGAUGGAGCGAUAGGAGAUUCUUCCCGAAAUGCCGGGUGGUCGCAUAUCGUCCAGUCACUCCAGUGUCACUCCAGUGCGGCACAGCACACCGUUGCAGCGAUGAUCAUGAUGGUGACAAUCGCAAUAAUAACGGAGGACAAUCAGCGACUGGGGAGGGGUAUUGUUGGUGGAGGAGAUGGAGGAGGAGGAUGAGGAAUACAAUCUGGACGGGUCUUGUCUGUGCGGCUCUGACUCUGGCUCUGACCCUCUCUCUCUGCCUCUCUGCCUCCAUCCCAUCACUCUGCCUGUCUCCAUGUAUACAAUCAGCACAUGUUGGUGUGGAUGUGAUCCCUGACCCCGGGAAAUUGUCGUUCGCAAAACUCAAUUGCUGCCGCCGUUUGCUGCGGCCAGAUAGCAGGAGGACACUCGGACAUUUGUGUUAUGGGACAAUAAAUAGCAUCAUGAUCCUUUCCGUGCCCAACCGUCGCUCGCAUUGACCUCGUUGCGGGAGAGAAGAAAAAAAAAGGGUGUGCGAUGCCAACUAAAGUAGAGCCGCAUCGGGAAA